AUGCACUUCCUAGGCCAUCGGCGGUCGGCCUCUCAGCAGAGCAUUGACCCAGAGACACUGCAGCAGCCACAGCAGCAAUGGCGGCCGCAUCACCAGCACCGGCUAAGCGCGUCGUCGGCACUAUACCAGGCGGCACGGGCACUGGGCUCCAUUGGCGUUCCUACCGCUGCCGCCACUACCACUGACAGCAUUGCCUCUGCCAACACCGCCAACGCUAACAAUCACCGCCCGCCGCUACCCACCCACCAUCACUCUCAGCGGCCGUCGGUAUCGUCCCAGUACUCGUCUUACGGGCAGCCCUCGCUGUGUUCUCCCCAGCAUCAGCAGCAGGAGCAGCAGCAGCAGCAGGGCCAGUCUGGGUACUUCCUACCCAACCACCACCAUCAGCCUCUCGCCGCGUCCGGCCCCGCCUUGUCUCCUCCCACCUCGUCUCUUCAAUACACUCCAGGAGCCGCAAGCGCGACAACACCCGCCAGUGGGCCACCGCUGCCCAAAGAACCCCCCGUCGCCAACUUCCGCUGGGACGACGAGUACUAUACUUCCGAGAACGACGACGGCACCACCACCACCACCACCACCACCACCACCACACCCAACGCCAGCAACAACCGAGGCGGCCACACGGCCACAUUCACGCCUGCCGCCACGGCCGACGACUCCGCUUGCGCCCGCCCCCUCCAGCCUCACCAUUCCAGUUCCCAGUCGCACUCGUACUCCCCCUCAUUCUCUUCCUCCUCCAACAAUAACAACCCGCACACUCACUCUCUCUCUCGGUCACACUCACAGCAGCAACAGCAGCGUGCUUCCAUCCCCGCCGCUCUGCUUCCGGCCCAGGGCCUGCAGCCGCACCGAGACUCAACCUGCUCGCUGCGAGCCCACUCCACUGCGACUGAGACAUCAGGGCCGCCGGGCCUUAACCCCUCCAUCGCCUUGUUCUCCGAUCCCUCUUCCUCACCCUCCUCUUCCUCUGUACCUGCCAUGAACCAGCAGCAACAAAAGCAGCAGCAGCCGCAGCCGCAGCCGCAGCCGCAGUCGCCGCCGCAAUUCCAGUCCGGCACCCCGCGACGCACCGGCACCUACAGCUCCCAGCACGAAGAAUUGCACAUGCCAGCGGGCAUGAUGCAGCACGGCCAGUUGUCGCCUCGCGAAUACUCAUCUUCGUCCGCCGCCCCAGCCACCCCUCAUAUCAAACUGGAUCAAGCAUCGCCAAACGCCCCCCAGUACCAAAACACCUCAUCGGUGCCCAACGUCUUGCAGCCUGGUGGCCCCGGUAACCGCCCAUCCGCCGUCACCGCCAACACGGCGCCUGCUCUGUCCACGAUGCAGCCCCAGCAGUCGCAAGAUUAUCAGACGCCCUCAAAGCCCGCGAAUCUGAGCUUGUCCCACAGCUACUCCCGUUCCUCCCCGGCUGCUGGCUACGAAGGUGCCUCGACCUUUGCGCCCUACACCCCAACCACCCCGAGCGGCUCAGGAUCGCAAUUCAUGUCUCCUCCGGAGCAAAAGUACAAUGCUCCCGGUUCGCAGCGAAACAUCUCCAACACACCAUUGGGCCUAGCCGAUAUCCGUCCCCGCGCCGAUUCGAGCAUGUCUGAUGGUGUCCCGGGGAGUGUAGCCUACGAGCUGGCCAAUGCCCAGCCUGGUACCAGCAACUACCUCGCCCCUUGGGCCCUCUACGCCUUUGACUGGUGCAAAUGGCCUCCCCAGGGCAACGGUGCAGGGAAACUCGCUGUCGGUAGCUAUCUGGAGGAUGGUCACAACUAUAUCCAAAUCCUCGAUACCCAGAUGGUGCCGACGCCCAAUGACGUCUACCAACCAGGCACGCCCAAGUUCAACCUCGAAUUUUCAAAGGUUGCCGAAGCCACACACUCCUAUCCCGUGACGCGUCUGCUCUGGGAACCACCGUCGUCCCAGAAACAGUCAACCGAUCUUCUUGCGACGUCCGGCGACCAUCUCCGUCUGUGGUCUCUUCCCUCCGAGAAUCCUGUAUCGCAGAGCAACUCCAUCACCCGGCAGGCAAGGGACCCCGCCAUUACGAAAUUAACGCCUCUUGCGCUGCUUUCCAACUCAAAGACCCCCGACCAUACCGCGCCGCUGACUUCGCUGGACUGGAACACUGUCUCCCCAAGCUUAAUAAUCACAUCCAGUAUCGACACCACCUGCACGAUUUGGGAUAUUCCGUCUUUGACGGCCAAGACGCAACUUAUUGCCCACGAUAAAGAGGUAUACGAUGUGCGCUUUUGUGCCAACAGUGUCGACGUGUUCGUGAGCUGUGGGCAAGACGGGAGCGUUCGUAUGUUUGACUUGCGCAGUCUCGAACAUAGUACCAUCAUUUACGAACCUACUGGCAAGGAUGAUAGAGAUGCCAAUGGUGGCCGCAUCAGCCCUACCCUUGCGCAGCAAACCAUGUCGAACCCCCCACCUCUGCUCAGACUAGCAACCUCACCUCACGACACUCAUUUGCUGGCCACGUUUGCUCAGGACUCCAACGUUAUUCGCAUCCUUGACGUAAGGCAUCCCGGACAGGCCCUUCUCGAGCUGCGGGGCCAUGGAGGUUCCCUUAACUCCAUCGAGUGGUCACCUACGAGGCGGGGAGUCUUGGCAUCGGGAGCAGACGACUGUCAGGUGUUGCUUUGGGACGUUUACAACAACCAUUCCCUCAGCGGUGGACCUCCUGCCAACGGUGCCGCUCAACCAGAUAACACGCGAAGCCCAUAUGCCAGCUGGCAGUGCGACUACGAGGUUGGCAAUCUUGCGUGGGUUCCACACCUCUCGACCAACGAUCAAGGGGAGUGGCUGGGAGUGAGUGCUGGCAGAGGCCUCUGGGGGGUCAAGACGUGUGGACGAGCCGGUGCCUGA